AUGUCGUACGUCGCGCCCAUCCAUAGGCCAAGCAGCAUACGGCAGGCCAUCAGAAUACGCCUAUCCGAGGAAGACGAGAACGAGAGCUUGGUGGCAGCGCGAUCAAACAGACUGGAAGUAUGGCGCAUUACGCCUACCGACAUGUACUUGCUCGGCUCCGCCGCAGUCUACGGCACCAUCCUCCUCCUACAGCGACUGCGACCCAAGGACAGCAAGGCUGACCUGCUUUUUGUCGGCACCGAUCGAUUUCAAUACUUCACGGCGAGGUGGGACUCUGGCACACAGAGGCUCCAAACGGAGCAGGUCGUCGAGGAUACGGCCGAGCCGCACAUGCGCGAAGCGCAGAGCCAGGACAAGUGCCUGGUUGACCCGACAGGGAGGUUCAUGGCGAUGCAUUUGUGGGAGGGUGUCAUGAACGUCAUGCGCUUGGGAAGUAGGAAAGGACAGCUUACUCGCCUUGACGAUGCAUGGGAACAGGUCCGCCUCUCCGAGCUCUUUAUGAAGGCGAGCACUUUUGUGCCCACUGAGACUGGCCACCCCACCGUUGCCUUCUUAUACCAGUCCAAGAUCGACAAGGAGGAUGCGAGACUCGCCAUCUACAGACUAAUGACGGACGACAAGAACACAAAUGUUUCGAGAUUCGACCCAGACCGGGAUAGAGAUCUCGACAUUGAGAUCAAGGACCCUUAUGCCCGCAUCCUCAUCCCUGUGGACAUCGUCGAGGAUGAAGUAAAGCGAUACCACAAAAGAGACACAUCAACGGCCAAGGCACAACUCGGUGGCCUAAUUGUGGUUGGCGAAACCCUGCUGGUUUAUGUCGAUACCUUGACAAAGUCUGUCGUGGAGAGUGCAUUGGUCAGCCCAGCCAUAUUCGUCGCAUGGGCUGCCUAUGAUGACACAAAUUUCUUCCUCUCAGAUGACUACGGCAACCUCCACCUUCUGACGAUUGAGACCGAGGGCGUUGUUGUUCUGGGUAUGACCAUGAAGACUCUCGGUGUGACGUCUCGUGCGUCAUGUCUGGUCUAUAUGGGAGAUGGCAUGCUUUUCUUGGGCUCUCACUACGGCGACUCGCAAUUGUUGCAAGUAGACCUCGCGGAGUUGACGACAAAGCUUGUGCAGACCAUUCCAAACAUCGCACCUAUUCUCGACUUUGCCAUCAUGGAUUUGGGAAACGCCGGAGACAGCCAAGUUGGCAACGCUUUCUCAUCAGGCCAAGCGCGUAUCGUCGCCGGCUGUGGUGUCCAUCAAAAUGGCAGUUUGCGAAGCAUUCGAAGCAGUGUUGGACUAGAAGACAUUGGCGUUCUAGAAGACUUGAAGGAUGUCCGUGGUCUCUUCACUCUUCGGUCGCACGGUUCAGAAAAAGUUGACACCCUGGUGGUUUCCUUCAUGACAGAAACCAGAGUUUUCAGCUUUGAUGCCGAGGGCGGCAUUGAGGAAGUGUUUGAUUUUCAAGGGCUCACUCUGGAUAAGCCGACUCUGAUUGCAACAACAUUACCCAGUGGUGAAUUGCUCCAGGUCACCGCAGCAACUGUGACACUGCUCGAUCUGGAGAGCGGCGUUGUUCUAAACACUUGGUCAGUGCCAGAUGGCAAGACCAUUGUUAAUGCGUCUGCCAACAACAAGUGGGUAUUGCUGUCCAUUAAUGGCACCUCUCUGGUAUCUUUAAACUUGGCCGAUAACCUGGCAGUUCAAGAGCAAGUCUUGGGUCGUGGCGUCGGUGGUGAGGAGGACCAGAUUUCUUGCAUCCAUGCAGCCAGCGAUCUCGACAACAUUGGCGUGGUAGGCUUCUGGGCAACGGGCUCAGUAUCCAUCAUUGACCUUCGCACGCUUAACGCCCUCCAAGGUGAAACCAUCAAGCAAACCGAUGAUAGUGUCUCUGUUCCCAGGGACAUGGUUCUGGUGCAACUACAUCCACAGCAUCUGCUGGGUCCCACCCUAUUCGUGGCCAUGGAAGAUGGCCAGGUUAUGUCGUUUAAUGUGUCAAAAGAAGACUUUUCUUUAUCGAGUCGCAAGAGCGUCACUCUCGGCAGCAAACAAGCUGGACUUCACAUUCUUCCGCGGCCAGGCAAUGAGGGCAUUAGCAAUGUCUUUGCUACUACCGAGCAUUCAAGUCUGAUAUACAGCUCAGAAGGAAGGAUCAUCUACUCUGCGGCGACUGCGGAGGACGUGACUCAUAUCGCGCCAUUCGACUCUGAAGCCUUCCCAGAUGCUAUCUUCCUUGCCACGGAUCGGAAUGUACGAAUCGCCCAUAUCGAUGCUGAAAGGAGGACGCACGUCAACCCACUUCCACUGCGCGAGACGGUUCGAAGGGUGGCCUACUCGCCAGCCUUGCGUGCUUUCGGUAUAGGCACCAUCCGCAGAGAACUCAUCAACAACGAAGAGACGGUGACAAGUGCGUUCCAAUUGGUUGACGAGAUUGUCCUUGGCGUGGUUGGUAAGGCAUUCCACCUUGAUGGCUCCACAUCGACCGAGAUGGUCGAAAGCGUCAUCAGAGCAGAGCUGCCUGAUAGUAUGGGGCAAGCUGCCGAACGAUUCAUUAUUGGAACGAGUUACCUGGCAGACCCGGAGAUUGAUGAAAACAAUGAUUUCAAGGGCCGGAUUCUGGUGCUGGGGGUUGACUAUGACAAGAAUCCCUACCUGAUUGUCAGUCACGAGCUGAAGGGUGCUUGUCGCAGUCUUGGUGUGAUGGGUGAAAAGAUUGUUGCCGGUUUGAGCAAGACAGUUGUGGUCUACGAUUACGCCGAAGAGUCGACCACGUCUGGGGCACUGCGCAAGCUGGCUACUUUCCGCCCUUCGACAUUCCCGGUUGACAUUAAUGUCCACGGAAACAUGAUUGGCGUCGCUGAUCUCAUGCAGUCCAUGACCUUGCUCGAGUUUGUUCCGGCACAAGACGGAGACAAACCCAAGCUUAUGGAGCGUGCUCGUCACUUUCAGUACAUUUGGGCCACGUCGGUAUGUCACUUGGACGGGCAUUCGUGGCUUGAGUCCGAUGCGCAGGGCAACCUCAUGGUAUUGCGAAGGAACCCCGAUGCACCAACAGAGCACGACCAGAAGCAGAUGGAAGUCAUUAGUGAAUUCCACCUCGGGGAACAAGUGAACAGGAUUCGAUCACUCGACAUUGUUCCCAACGAGAGCGACCCAAUUGUACCAAGGGCGUUCCUCGCAACGGUUGAAGGGUCGGUUUAUGUUUUUGCUGACAUCAGGCCGGAGCACCAAAGUUUGCUACUGCAAUUCCAAGAGAACUUGGCCGGGGUAGUGAAGACCUUGGGCCAAGCUGACAAUGCACCGGGCGGUGGGCUGUCUUUCAUGUCGUGGCGAGGGUUCCGGAACGCCAAGCGCGCGGCAGAGGCACCCUUCCGCUUUGUCGACGGCGAGUUGAUUGAGCGUUUUCUAGACCUGGAUGAGACUAAGCAAGAGGCUGUUGUCGCAGGGCUAGGACCGACGGUGGAGAAUAUGCGCAACCUGGUCGAGGAGCUGAAGCGCAUACAUUAA